AUGCUCUGCAUGCUAGGGAUUCCUUCGAACAUAACCGUGAAGGAUCUGCUGAGCUUUUGCGCCCCAAUGAGGUUCUUAUUUUACUUUAUUCCACAUUCUUUAGGAGAGGGAUUCUUGAACUGAAAAUUGUGAAGGGUAGUCAUGUCGGACAUUAUAUGGCCCUGCUAAACUUCGACAACCAAGUACUGACCGGAAUUUGUUUCACCCUUUAACAAGGAAUCUGCUGAUCAAUUCUACGAGGCAUUAAAUGGAGUUGCAUAUAACAGUUUUGAGCCUGACGUCUGUCAGCUUGCGUACAUAUCUCACGUCGAGGCUGUUCACUCCUCGCUGGUACGCUCUGAUUGGAUUUCUUCAUACUGUUGUAGGGCGGCACUUUUCCUUUGCGAGGCCUCGUCGAGUUACCCUCAUGUCCGGUUUGUCUGGAAAAACUGGUUUGUUUUGGUUUCAUAAAUAACAGUGAUCUUUCGUAGGACGAGCCGGUACAAGGUAUUCUCACAACCAUUCUCUGCAAUCACAACUUCCAUGAUGAGUGCAUAUCUCAGACGACGGAAACGACGUAAUUCUCACUUCCUGGUCUAGCUAUUUGUGACAUCCCCGAAUUAUCUCUUUUUAUUUGUUGUGUAAGCUUCGCUCGCGAUCGCGGUUUUUUCGGGUGUUUGCGUACAAUAUGCCAAUUUUUCAAAAAAUAAGUCGGAGUGAAAUUAACGUAAGUUUAGGUGCUAACGUUGCAUUUUCCGAACUGCAAACCCAAACUACUACAGAUUCUGGAAAGCAGUUAUGUCCAUAUAAAGAUUAUUCAAGAGUUCUAUUCAGGUGCACUCAAUUAGUAUGCGCUAACAGAGUGGAAGACUACGAACCUAAAGUAUUUGCUUCGCCGUGCACAAAGAAAUAUCAGCACACGGCUCCGACAAAAGCAUUCAGUUUUUUAUGUUUAGGUUUGAUUAGCUAUAAAUGGUCGCUGUUACGGACCUAAUGGAAACUGCGUCAGUCAAAACCGACACUCUUUUAAACUGAGACUCAUUUUGCCGAAAACUUGGCGAUUUCCACUUUUGGUGGUUUUCUUACCAAACAAAAUCCGCGAAUAUUGCCUAAGUGCCUCGCACAGUCGUUACCAACAAUCUUAACUAGCCAUAAGGCUUAUGUCCUUCGGUUUCGACAGAAAAGUAGAUCCGACUUGUGUGGUUUGGUUUUCCGUCGAAAGUAGACCUUGAUCUUGUCUGAGCUUCAAAUUUAUAUUCAUGUGGUAGCAUCGACCCGGUUGGUUGCUGAAAGUGUUGCACGUGGGGUAGGCUUUACGGUGGUUUGUCAAGCUACCACCCAGUCGCCUCAUAACCAUAAUGUGAACUACAAAUUAAAUCCUGACAAUAACUAGGACACUGAAAAAAAUCUAUAACCAAGAGAAUAGGGAGAAUAAAAUAGCCGCGGAAACAUCACUUUUUGCUGUUGUGUGUUAUAUAUGAGGACCACACUAAAUAGUGGUUGCUUAUAUAAGUUUGGACUUCGAAACUCACAUGUUCCCCGUUGUUUUCCGAAUGCUACUGUUUAGACCUAAAAUCCUGCAGUCAGCAUACGUCGAUGGACUUCAUUUCGAAUAUCCCCUAUCGUAAGCGACCGGAUGUGCGCCCGCAACUUAAGUGGGAAGUUUGACUCGAAGGAUCACGGUACCAAACUGUGCAGGGCCUAAGUCUUAUUUUCCAACUAGGACUUGGAGUUGAACUGGCCGAUGACUAAAUAAGCUGCAAAUGACCAUCCCAGUUUCUAGUCUUUGUCGAAGAUAUUUCUCGAUUAAUGAGGCCCAAUCCUCUCUGCAUUUCAAGAUCAUGCUUUUGGAGUAUUCAUUUAUAUUUUUCUAUGUGAUAGUGCUUCCGUCAAUUUUAACAUAACUUUGGUAUUGCUGUAAAUCGAUUCUUUCUCUUCAAUCACUUGAUUGUGUUUAAAGGUGCCCCGUUUGCCGGUACGUUCAGUCCCCCGAGAUGGUUGCUGAUAGCCAGUGUGCUGACUGUGAGCUCCGUGAAAACCUCUGGAUCUGUCUGAUUUGCGGCCACGUCGGUUGCGGUCGUUAUGGUCAAAAACAUGCGCAUCGUCAUUUCCAGGAAACAGGACACACCUUUGCACUUGAGCUGGGCAAAAACUUGGUCUGGGACUAUGCAGAUGAUGCCUACGUACACCGACUGGCCGUAAACCAGGAGGAUGGCAAACUUGUGCAGGUAUACUUUGCUCAUGCGAGUUUUGAUGCCUUGCUUCCCUUUCAGCCAUCUUAUAAUCGCAUAAUUCGACAGUUUUCGGAGUUGGCGUAAAUAUACUCGUCAGAGGGUAGAUUUUAUUUAGGGGUGGUGGGGUUGGGAGAGAAGCGACUAAACUUUCUGACAACAAGAACAUAGUCUGAGCUAUGCAACCUGGCCAAAAAUUGGUCGAUUGUGAUCUUUUGCUCUAUUCCACCCCCCAGUUUAAACCUGAGAUCAUCCGUUGAAGGCGGGUCGAAUGCUGGACCGGCACACGUCUCGUCUUAAUACAUGGUCUUGCCUUUAUUUAGAUGCAGACUUCGCUAGUUUAAGAGAAAGAUUGUCAGAUAAAAACCCUCCUAAAGUGCUUUUACUCAUUCCACAUUUACUUAUUCACAUUGUGUAGUUUUUUCGAUUCGGCGAUAUUUUGUUGACUGUAGUUAUGGAAUUAACACUUUAUAUUACCUGGAGGUCAUUGUGUUUUAGCUUGGUGAAGGCAGUGAAACUGGCGAUAAGAAAUUGGACUGUCUUAACACCGAGUUCAGCGCCAUAAUGAUCAGUCAGCUAGAAUCCCAGCGACAAUACUUUGAGUCCCAGUUGGAUAUUAUUACUUCAGAGUCCGCGGCUCGAACUGCGGACGUAGAGGUCAAAUUGGAAAAAACCCUCCAGUUAGUCUCCACCCUAGAAUCCAAGGUGGCGACCCUUACCAAGGAGAAAACUGCUCUUUCCCAAAAGCUCUCCCAGGUAUGUUAAAGCGUCUCCACAGCCCCCAAUGUUAUUUUUAUCUACUUCCAACCGAUUUUACUGGGGAAGACGUCUCUGUGUACGCUGCCGAACAGAACGGUAAGGAGGCGUUUUACUCGCAAUCGCAAGCGUUAGUUGAGAGACUGCCUCGCCGCGAUCAGCUGAUUUUUGCUGACGAUUGGAAUGGUCGAGCUUGACUUGGCGACCCCACGGCCAGUCAUUAUCUUGGUUGCUUUGGGCUUGGUUCCCGAUGUGAAAAUGGUGAGAGAUUGCUGAACUUCGCUGAUCGAAACCGACUGCUUGUCACCAACACAUGUUUCCAGCAUCGCAAAAAACAUCUGCUGACCUGGUAUUCAAACGACGGCCAUACGGCCAGUCAGCUUGAUUACAUACUUGUCAGCUCAAGGUUCCGCAUUUGGGUUCACUAUGGCAGAUCGAUGCGUAGUGCCGAGACUGAUAACGCCCAUGGGUCGGACCAUGUCCUCGUUCGUACACACUUGAAAAUUUAUCUCUUAUUCGCGCCAAAAAAGCCACGUCCUAGAUGCCUCGAUGUCACAAAAACCCGGCAAACCAGCGCUGCUGAGGCCCUGAGCAGAGAAAUCUGGUCCUGUUUUACGACACGAGCCGACGGAGAAAGCAGUAACCCGUGGUCAUCACUAAAAACAUCAGUCUAUGGUGCAGCUGAGAAAAUCCUUGGAUACACCCAGCGACGCCGCAGUGACUGGAUCAGUGGAAGAACCCUGCAGUUGUCUGCUCAGACGGCUCGAGCCAGGUCCCCUAACGAUGACUGCUUCCGCCAACUUCGAAAGAUGACGGCAAAAUCAGCCAGGGAUGACCGGAAGCAAUAUUGGGCUGAAAUAGUGACCUCGAACGUUGGUGACACUCGAAGACCCUACCAACUUAUCCGCCAAGUUCGUGCUAAUUUCUCUACACUGAAUGACUCUGUUCGCGACGUGAAUGGUGGCUUUAUUGCCGACAACUCAGUCAAAGUCGAGCGCUGGCGUGAGCACUUUGAGCACCAUCUCAACGUCGAUACCCAACCUACCUCGCUCUUGCUAUCGUCCUCAGCGGAGUUUCUUCCCUCUCCUACCUAUACAGUGCCAUGCGAUCUCCCCUCCGAGGGAGAAUUCGCGGAUGCCAUACGAAAGUUGCGCAACAAUAAGGCACCUGUAGAGGACGGUAUACCCGUUGAAAUCUUCAUGUCUUGUGUCGACACUCUGGCGCCCUGGCUCCAUGAGGUGAUUGAACGAGCAUGGAGAGACGAGGUUGCUCCUGAUGACUGGGGCUUAGGCAUCCUUGUACCUAUCCUCAAGAAGGGAGAUAAGACAAGAUGCGAGAACUACCGCGGCAUAAGUCUCAUCGACGUUGCUGCGAAGAUCUUCGCUAUUGUCCUACUCAGGCGAUUCCAGGCUGCGCGUAACUCAAGGACGAGGCCCAACCAAGCCGGAUUUCGUGCUGGACGUGGAUGCGCAGACCAGAUAUUCACACUGAGGCGCAUUCUCGAAUUUCGCCAUAGCUACCAACAACCGACGGCCGUCUGCCUCAUUGACUUGCCGCCGCGUUCGAUUCUUUUCAUCGGGAGUCCCUGUGGCGGAUAAUGGCGCUAGAUGGUGUACCGGCAAAAAUCAUCGUCACGAUCAAGGCCUACUAUCGCUCCACUACUACCAGAGUCCUGGUCCACAACAAUCUUUUCCAACCGUUUGGUAUUCGGUCUGGCGUCCGACAGGGUUGUAUCCUGUCACCCAUACUGUUCAACCACGCUAUUGACUGGAUUCUCUGGAGGGCCCUACACGAAUGUGGCGGCGUUGAGUUGCAUCCGGACACCGACUGACUGAUCUCGACUAUGUCGAUGAUAUCGCCUUACUUGCUCCAAGUUUCGGUGAUCUGCAGUCUAUGGUGUCAAGAGUGAACGAGGUCGCUAAAUCGGUCGGUUUAUCUAUAAACGCUGGAAAGACUAAAGUGUUUUCAAGCUACAUCCCUGACCAGGAAAAUGCACCCCUCGGGAUUGAUGGUUGUCAGCUUGAAGAAGUAGACAGUUUUAAAUACCUCGGGGCGAGGCCGCUGCCUAAUGGACAGAGUAAGGACGACAUUCUCUCCCGAAUUGAUGCUGUCCGCCGGGUUUUCGGAAGCCUUCGAAAAUGUCUAUGUAUUCGACGCGACCUCUCCAUCGCCACUAAGAUUCGCGUGUGCCGUGCGUCUGUCCAGUCUGUUCAUCUCUACGGUUGUGAGUGCCGGGCUUUGCGCGUGGAGGACGAGCGGAAACUGGAGGUAUUUGACCACCACUGUCUGAGGACCAUCCUUCGUGUGAAGUUCACCGACUUCGUCCCAAAUGAGACAGUCCGCGCUCGCUGCGACAACAUCGCAAGGAUAACUCAGGCCAUCCAAGAAAGACGACUGAGGUAGUUCGGGCAUGUUCUUCGUCAUCGACCUCAGGAGCUCAGUGUUACUGCCCUCGAUCCAGCACCAUUGCCCCAUUAGAGGCGUCAAAGAGGGGGUCAGUUCAAAACCUCGCUCGACACAGUCCGUCAAGACAUGGAGAUGGUUCUUAGACCUUCGGUAUUCGGUCUCCGUCGUUGGCGAAGACGAUGGGUUGAACUGUCCAGACCUGCUGCCGCGGAUCGUCACGCGUGGAGAGGUACAGUUCGUGACAUUAUCGAGGCCGUCUAGAUCAGGCAUGGUCACAGCCGUAUCAAGUAAGAGUAAGUAAGUGCAAGAUUUUACUGAGGCUUAUGCGGCCUGAGACAAUUUUGAUUAUUGAAGAAAAUGCUCUCGAUUGUGCUGCUUUUUGGCAAACGGUAACUAUACACCGUCAUAAAUGAGUAUUGUAAAUCCCCGGAGCUCAUUCCAAUUACUGCGGGUAUACACCUUUCAAUAAGAACUCGGUCUUCUCUGCAAUUUUUAACUUCGUGCGAAUUUUACGGUUCUUGCCCCCCCCCCCCUCCCCCAUGCCACAAUGAUUAACCAUGUAGCGAAUUCUAUAGACAAUGUUUCGCGCCCUUCUAUACAACAGGUCAUCUCUGUAUUGCAUGACGUGUACUUACUGAUUCCCAACCGAAAUCUGGAGAUACGGCCCAUGAACAAGCAUACACCAUUGCUUAAGAAGAUCCGGCGACAAGGACGAAUACCGGCAAAUCUGCGACAACUACUGACCAAGUCUUCUCCCGAGUAAUACUUACUUGCCUGGAUCUACACCCACAGUAAGGACUCAUUCCAGGAGUCCGUGCGGAUUUCGGUAGAAUUGUGGAACCAACGAGCUAGACAUUUGCAGUCCGUCCACUGGGAGAAGAAUAUCAAGAAAUGAGGUUCAACCUCUACACCACCUUUGUAGACCUGACAAACACCUUCGGUACAGUAAACCGCGAUUAAUUCCGGAAAAUCCUGCUGGAAUUCGAUGAUCCACACAGAUAAUUGUGCAAUUGUACGACGGGAUGGUAGAACGUCACGGACAAUUGGCCAGUCUCGGAAGCAUUUAGGAUGACAAACGGGAUGAAACAGGCGGUGUACUCGCUCAAACCCUCAACAGCCUCAUACUUUCCGUUAUGUUGAUGAACGCUUGUCAUGAGAAAUGGCCAGGAAUCGUCAUCGAUUACUAAUUUCAUGGGCAGCUACUUCAUAUCCGGCGCCCAAUGACGUCAUCAAGAGUUUUUAAAACCAGUGUCCGCGACCUCUUGUUCGCGGAUAACUACACGCUAAUUGUAACAACGAACUAGUACUAACACUUAAUCGAACGGGGGCUGAUCAAAUCCUCGCCAGUUGGCAUUUCCGGUCGUUUCAGUUCUGGUAUUCACUAUCGCAGGAAUGGGCGUGUACUAGUCAGCUGGCCUCCCGUGACGAAGACUCCAAAUAUGUUCGAGAGUUAAUGACUAGGUCAACCUUGGACAGAAUGCGAUAACAGGCUGGGCUAUCGACAAAUAUGAGGGUUGUUUGAUGUGGAACUAUUUCGGGAUUUUUAUGUCUUCACUCAGUCAAUCGUACCUUUGACCAUCAUCGGAGACUAGAAACGAUACUUCGACCAUUGCAAACGACGAGGUCGAGCGCUGCCAAAAGAGAUGGGCGUAACAUGCGUGCAUUUCUUUAUAGUGAAGUCGAGCUGCGAUGCGUAUAUUCCACUCUUACCUCGGACACUCGUCCUGAUUCGGUUGCAAGACAGAGUUAGGAUGACUGGAGGUCGGCAUUGGCGCAGUAAUUGACAGAGAUAAACUGCCCUUCCGCGGUUGUCGCACACAACCUGUGCCAAACUCCAAAUGCACCAGUUUUCAUUCGGGGGGAGGAGGUGUGCACUUCAGAGCCAGGCAACUAUCGGAGGCUAAGGUUAGACGACUAGCAUACAAGAGUGGAGUGUCGCGGACCAACGUCGCCAGCACCAAACUCCUACCAACUUGUCCACAUAGUCACAGUGCACGGAUAGGCUGUGCUGCCCAUCUUCGUAUCCGCCAUCAUCGAAGAUGCCCCUCCUAUCUGUCCUCACCGUAACCGCGUCCCAAUACCGGGUUGCCGUGGUUGGACUUCUUGGUUCUUAUCCCAAAAUAACGUCCUAGGGACACAAAGGGCACCUAACACUUCAUGGUUGCUGGCGCCCGGGUUGGUUACUGCCAAACGAGGCGGGUGCAUCCGUGACCUGCGUGAAUUUAUGGUGACGCUGGCCUUCGUUGCAUCUACCUUAUUCACCCCAUACUUGUCGCGUUCGGAUAGCAUGACAGUUCAAGACGCCCGUAAGUUGGCAUGGGUGCAGUAAACCUUUAAGGCAAGUUUCUGAUUUGCGCACAUGACCUGCCCCUAACACUACAUUUACUGGGAUUCAUUUGGGGGGAAGAGGUAGGAAGGCUCAGAUCUCGUACAAGUGGCAGUGCCACAAAGUUCACACCAGGUAGCAGUCACUGGACUCUGAUCCUCGUCCUGUUGCGUAUCAGUGUUGUCUCGUCAGCUUUCAGCCCUCUAUGCCAUGCAUUUCAAUACGUCGUGCUAGGUUCGAACGUCUCAGGUUAAUUAUGGUGAAGAGUACGCUGACUUGUCAUGCGGAUGGACUCGUCAGUAUCAGCAUUAGUUACUCUUCAAUCUCCUGUGCACCAAUUAACUGUCCGAGCCAGACAGCGGACCAGUGAUUGGAUUGGACACAGUGGCUGACGUGGCGUGGAAACCUCCGUCUAAGACGUGCCGAACGCAUAUAGGUUAGUGGUUAUGACCUCGAGCGAACUCAACGAAGCCAAUCGGAGAUGCCACGAAUGAUGCGGCCUUGACUUUUGUUCGGCGCAUCUAAGUCACGACCACGCCCACCUGUUCGCUUGACUAUCAUGCCAUUGGCGCGCGACGGGUAUGGGAAGAGUGAGGUAAGUGUAGCGAAACUCAAAUCACUAUAAACAAAUUCACACAAGUCACAUCCGCUCAACCAUCGUUCGGCAGUAGUGAUCAUCCUCGUUUGCCGCAGUUGAGCUUUCAGGUUGUAUGAAUUGGCGGCAUAUAUUUGCCUCAGAUCCAUGUCCAAGGUCAACAUUUGUUGGUCUCGGCAUGCGUUUUUUUGGCCUCCGAGUUGUCCCUGGUAUGGAAUAGCCCACCAGAGUUUGGGUCUUGUUUUCUGCUCAUCAUUGACCUCCUUCUGCCUUUGUUCACACAUUUUUUAAAUGAAACUCCAUAAGUGCCCUUGAAAACGAAAACUGUCGCUUGUGUCUCCGGUCGCUCGUUUCUCAUUGUCGGUGCUGCAUCGUAUGUCAGUUUGGCUGGACACCUUUUGUGUACAAUUCUGUUUGUGCAUUGAGCGAUUGUUAUAUCAUAGCAAAAUGUACUUGCACCGUUCGUAGUUUUCUCGCAGACAACAGUUCUGAUAAUUCCGCCGUCGUAAACGGAACAAAGGCGAGAUUCGCUGUAAUUUUUUUGACGAGGACAGGGACCUCCUCAAAGUCCCCCCGCAUGCCGUCAGCUAUUGCUUGACGCCCAAGAGCACUUGCUUAAUUCCACCGUCUCACAUUAUUGCCACAUGCACGGCCGAGAGUAUGAGACUGAGGGGGUGGCGGUAUUUGUGACAUCUUUAUCUUCUCAGCCCCUAAUUAACUUUACGCUCCGAAAGGAUAUGGGCACCAAGGACCAGCGAGCAGUGAACCCUGCUAUUAUUCAUGUGUUUCAGUAUACCAGAAAUAUCUUGGGAGCAUAAAAGGCACAUUAAGCAUAAUUAGUGGACAUCCACAUCGUCCAUCUGUGUUCUGUUUGUGCAGCCGAAGAUCAGGUUUAGCGAGAGCCACUUCAUUGAUUGGCGUUAUUUACCAUCCAUUUAUUGCGGUUUUACGAUAAAAGAUCAGCGGCAUGAAGGCAAAGGUAUAGGCUGGGUUGUGUAUGGAAGGAAAUGUAUUCUUUCGUUGUUAUAUGCAACUCUAAUCAUGGCGCCAAUGGAACUCGCACAACUUGACGUGUACACGAGAGACACUCGUGAACUCUUCGAAAUGCAGAGUGCACCUAAUGGGACUUGCGUAGUAAAUAGCAGUCAACCUUUGAAAUAAGAAACAGCAGUAUCCAGAGGUCAACUGGAAAUGUAAGUUUAGAACCCUAUGCUCCUUGCCUUCAGUAUACGAUGAUCCUCCUGAGUUUAACUGCGAAACGUCAAGUCCAUUGUCCUCACUCAUCAGUCUUCUUUCACUCGCCCUUACUACUAUGUAAUUUAUACUCUCCUUCAGGCGAACGCGCUGGCACAGAAACUGCAGUCCCAACUCUCGGAGGAAAAGGCCCUCACAUUAAGUCUGUCGAAGAGUCAGAUUCUGUGGGAAGAGCGUGCCAAGAAGGCGGAGCUGGCCGCCCAACAGGCUCAAGAGGAGGUUCGCGAUCUGCUGCUCAACUUCGAGAUGCGAGAUAAGCUUACCGAGGUUGGGGAACGCGGAGAGGUACGUCGCUGUUAGCUUGGAAACUGUAGUAGGUGGUAGAUGACCUAUGUUAAAAGCAGCAAGCGGGUCCUCGCUAGGGGACGACCAGGCGUUUGUAACAGUCGCGACAUCUACGCGCCCGAUAACUAACGAUCUGUUUAACAGAUCGUACCUGGGACAUGAAGCAGGAAAUGGAUUAUUUUGAUUAUGCGUGCGUACUUGGUUCAUAAAAUGAAUGCACAGCGACGUCCGACCCAAAGAACGCCUGGUGUCUGUUCUGGACUACCUGUCCGUGAAGCCUGGUUCGGCAGGUCUGAGGAUCCAUUACCUGUUUGUGCGUGGCUACUUAAUCCUUUAUGGACAACAACCACACACAAUCCAGCCGUGUCCUGCAAGCGACCGAUGUAAAUUGCAUUAUGCGUAGAUUAGAACGGUGAUAACAGUCUGAAUCUGAGUAGCGAUGAUACAAAGUGGGACUUCUCCUUCUUCCAAGCUCGGUGUCAUUUCUUACCUAUGCACUGUCUUUUCUCAAAACAAAUUCGUACUAUGUGAGACAUUUGCCUCUCUGCUAGAUUCAAUUCACCGAAUUUGUUAAGACUUCCAUGCUGUCAGCGCGCUAGUUUCGGCCGAAAAAUCUUUAAUUCAAGCCACCUGUGCUGUAGAAUUAUAUGCGUUAUUGUGGAAAUUUAUGCUGCUAUCAGUUGCCUAUCUGCAAACGCAGCAUACAGCGAUACUGUCGUCACUCGGCGGAUGGCAGUGUGGCCUGUCAACCGAAGGCAGCAGGGCCAGCUAUUUAUAUGCUAUAUACGAUGUGGGCGGAAAGACUAGUCAGACUUGAGUGAGUAAAUGCUGCUAUUUAGGUGGUAUGUUCGCCGCCCAGCAACUGGGCGAGACUUCCAAGCCAUCGCCGAUCUCCCUCACCGGUCUGUGUAAUUCCUUUCCCUUCGUUCGUUCCUCCGAGUCUCCAGCGCAUUGCUGUUAGGUUGUCGUCUUCUGGGGUUGGUUCCCUACGCUGAGGUCAAUUAAUACUGGACGUAAUUAUCCGUAGCAGGGCCUUGACAGUAACUUUGUAAAUACGGAUUCAGUGAUUUUCGUUUUUUUCAAAUCUGCCAUUUCGCACCUUACGUUGGCGGGAGGGCACACACAGUGCACGGGGGCGUUUUCAGGUGGUUGCCAAUCAGCCAUUUGUAUUUUUUGAAAAUUUGAAAUGCGCGAAAUACAUGGCUUCGACUACACAGUGUUCAAUUGUGUCUACUCUCUUUCAAACCCAUCCAAUAUUAUUCCCUUAUCCUCCUUCAAUAUCUCAAGCUGACGAGUGAGGAAAUCGCCGGCGGCCAGAUCAGCAUUGGUGAAGGUCCCGCGAAGGCACGCCGUCGGAAGAAGCGACGGUAA